GCAGGCACAAGCCCGGUCCCCUCUGCAGAGUCCCUGCGGAGCGGGGACCAAGAGGAGGUGCCGGUGACGUUUGAUGACGUGUCCGUGUAUUUCAACGACAAGGAAUGGGAGAAGCUGGAGGAGUGGCAGAAGGAGCUGUACAAGAACGUGAUGAAGGGGAACUAUGAGUCGCUGAUCUCCCUGGACUAUGCAAUUUCCAAACCUGGUGUUUUGUCUCAGAUCGAGCAAGGAGAGGAAUCGCGGGUCAGGAACGAGCAGGACUUGGAGGAGAGCGAGAUCAUCACUGAUGCCACGGCAGCUGGUAUAAGAGUUGUGAUCAAAACGGAGGAGCUCCUUCCUGAAGACAGCCCCGAAAACCCCGAGCUGCAUGGGAUGUCAGGGCAGUCGGAGGGAAGCUUCCAGAGUCCGGACGAGGAGGCAGCCUGCGAGAGCCCCUAUGGCUCCGUCUCCCCUCCAAGGGACCUCCCAGGAACCAGCCUGGGUGACUCCUCCGAAUACGGCGCUGACUUCAACGAGAUCCAGAGAGUCAUCGUUCACCACGGGAACUGCCCAGAGGAUGGGAUCGUGAUCAAGACGGAGGAGGAGGAGGAAGAGGACGACCCCGACACCCUGGAGUUCUGGGGCGGGGCGCGCCCCCCCGCCGUCCCCCAGCCAUGA